GCCUUCACUGGGAACGGCGCACAUCAUUGGGAUCUUUGUCUACUGUACCAGCCUCUAUCAGCCUCCUCAUACCUGCCUUCAGUCCACAUCUCCUUGAAAAAUUUCCUAUUUACAGGUGCAAAUAGUCACAACAGGUUGAAAAUUUCCAGUCUACUUUUAGCUAAUCCAAGCUGCGAAUUUCCAAGCCUGACAUUAUGGAUAUUGCCAUCCAACAUCCCUGGUUUAGACGCACCCUGGGCUACCCCACCCGCCUCUUCGACCAGUUCUUUGGAGAAGGCCUGUUCGACUAUGACCUUUUUCCCUUCGCUGCCUCAAGUCUCAGCCCUUACCAUCGACACUCACUCUUCCGCAGCUUGCUGGACUCCUCCAACGCGGGCUUCUCUGAGGUGAGGUCUGACAGAGACAAAUUCACAGUGUACCUGGAUGUGAAACAUUUCUCUCCUGAUGAGCUCAAUGUCAAGGUGACAGAUGACUAUGUGGAGAUCCAGGGCAGGCAUGCAGAAAGACAGGAUGAUCACGGCUACAUCUCCCGUGAGUUCCGCCGCCGCUACCGUCUGCCUUCUAACGUGGACCAGUCUGCUAUCACCUGCACACUGUCUGCUGAUGGCCUGCUUACUCUUUAUGGACCCAAGACUGGUGGCAUAGAGGCUGGUCGUGGAGAUCACACCAUCCCUGUUACCCGGGAGGACAAGACCAACUCAGGCUCCUCCUCUUAGACGGGUCUCUCCCCACAGCCAGGUGGCGGAAUAAAGGUGUGGGUGGGACUCACAGGGGGCUUUCAUUUCAGAGGGCAUCUAAAGGUGGAUUUAAGCAAAUCCUCUAUUAUUUAUGAUUAAAUAAGCCCUUCCUCCCAUUUCCACUUUAAAGGAUGUCAGUGUAUAUCUGACUUAAUAACUUCUUUCAUUAGACUACACUAGCUAAUAAUCUCCAUAAUCCACUAUGAUUGUUUUCAAUUUUAAUGACACACAGGAAAUGGAUCAGGAUGAUUGGCUGAGGGUCUCAUUUCUUAAUCAAGCCUAUACGCUCCUCUCUAGUCAGAUUAUAAAUUGCAAACAGUCUUUGCUCAGAUUUUUGACCAUCCUGGUGAUAUAGGCUACAAUAAGAGUAAUCAUUAUUUAAAAGUAUAAUCAUUUAUUGUAUAGGAUAAGACAGCUGGAGAACUUAUGCUCCAAGAAGCGUUGGAGGGCUUGGUUAAUCCAAGGGAGAUUCCAUCACUAGUCAUACCUCGGCCUCCUUCCUCGCCUGUGUCAUGACCUCUUUUCUAGACUUCUCUUGUCAUUGACUUUUUCUUGUCUUGUAGGGUUUAACCCUGUUCUACUUAUUACUGACUCCUCAGGGGUCUACUAAAAGUGAUUAAAUAUAAAUAAAUAAAGUUGUACCAUUAACCAUUAA